AUGUCUGGGCGUGCUGAGGGCGAGGAGCUCAAGCGGCUGGGGUUCCUGAAAUCUUACCUGAGCAAGGCGGUGGCGUAUGGCGAGGGCUUCUACAGCAAGGCUCGCGGCUUCACCCCCGCGUUUGCUGAGCCCUACGUGCUCCAGCUGGAGGACAAGAGCAAGGCCAUCGCGGCGCCCGCGGUCACCAAGGGCCAGGACGCUGCAGCUGACGUGCUCGCCAAGGUGGACGGCCAGCUGGACUACCUGGUCAACACCCUGAACGCCACCCUGGACUACAGCCGGGAGCUCCACAG